AUGCACCAGUACAGGCUGGAUAGCAGCUUUGCCGAGAAGGACCGGAGGGUCCUGGCGGACAACGACCUGAACAUGAGCCAGCAAUGCACCCUCGUGGCACAGACAGCUAAUGAAUUGACCCACCUCUUGCCUCGUGCGUGGGAGAAAACCAAACAUACUCAUUCCCAUGCUUUCCGCAGUUCAGAACUAGCCACCGAGAACCGUGCGUUGGAGUCUUCCUGUACUAAUUACCGCUCUGCACCGCCAGUGGGAUAUGAAGAGGCUGAAUGCUACCACAUGUAUGAAGAUGGCAUCUCCAUGACGCAGGUCCAAACCCUUCCUCUGGCAGAAGGGGUCUACUGGAGUUUUUGGCUAGCCAGGGAGUGCUGCAAAGGCGUUUUAGAACGUAGAGAAACUCCAAGCUGUGUGGGUGUUGAAGAAGAAGAGGCACCAGACAUUGACAUCUAUCAUUGUCCUAAUUGUGAGAAAACCCAUGGAAAGUCUACUUUGAAAAAGAAAAGAAAUUGGCAUAAACACGAUACUGGACAGACUACAGAGGUCAAACCUGUACAGAACGGGAGUCAAGUCUUUAUAAAGGAACUUCGAAGUCGUACUUUUCCAAGUGCUGAAGAUAUAGUAGCAAAAGUGCCGGGCAGCCAACUAACAACGGAGUAUUUGGAGGAAAAUGGCUUCACAGAACCCAUCCUCGUUCCGAAGAAAGACGGCCUGGGCUUGUCUGUACCUGCACCCACGUUCUACGUCAGCGACGUUGAAAACUAUGUCGGACCAGAGAGAAGUGUUGAUGUUACUGAUGUCACCAAACAGAAAGACUGUAAGAUGAAACUAAAGGAAUUUGUUGAUUACUACUACAGUACGAACAGGAAACGGGUCCUCAACGUGACUAACCUGGAGUUCUCGGACACUAGGAUGUCCAGUUUUGUAGAGCCUCCAGAUAUAGUUAAGAAAUUGUCGUGGGUGGAAAACUAUUGGCCUGAUGAUGCUCUUCUGGCUAAACCAAAAGUUACCAAGUACUGCCUGAUCUGUGUGAAGGACAGCUAUACAGAUUUCCACAUAGAUUCUGGAGGAGCAUCUGCAUGGUACCAUGUGCUGAAGGGAGAAAAAAUAUUUUAUCUUAUCAAACCAGCCCCUGCAAAUAUUUCUCUUUAUGAACGCUGGCAAUCGGCAGCAAACCACAGUGAAAUGUUUUUUGCAGACCAAGUAGAUAAAUGUUACAAAUGCACAGUUAAACAAGGACAGACCCUCUUCAUUCCAUCAGGUUGGAUUUAUGCAACUCUGACACCUGUAGACUGCCUAGCCUUUGCAGGACAUUUUCUACAUAGUCUAAGUGUUGAAAUGCAGAUGAGGGCAUAUGAAGUAGAAAGACGACUGAAAAUUGUCAGUCUGACCCAGUUUCCAAACUUUGAAACUGCAUGUUGGUAUAUGGGAAAGCAUCUACUAGAGACUUUUAAAGGUUUGCACAAAGCUGGGCAACAGCCUCCUGCUCAUUUACUCCAAGGAGCAAAAAUUCUCAAUGGUGCUUUCAGGUCAUGGACUAAAAAACAGGCUUUAGCAGAGCAUGAGGAUGAACUACCAGAAAACUUCAAACCAGCACAACUUAUCAAGGAUCUUGCCAAAGAAAUAAGAUUAAGUGAGAAUGCUUCUAAAGCCAGCAAAGCAGACACGAGUGCCAACACAAACACCGAGGAGAUUUGUCCUGUGGAGAAGGAGGAGGCACCGUCACCCAUCCAAGUGACACCUCCACCCCCUGUAGAAAAAGUCCCUAAAAAAAAGACUCCAAAAACUGUGAAAACCCCCAAACAACUUAAGCCAUCCAAACCCCCCAAACCUCCCAAGCCGCCUAAACCCCCCAAGCCUCCCAAAACGCCAAAAGUCAAGGGAGAAGGAAAGAAAAAAGGAAAGAAGGCAAAAGAGAGCCCACCGCCAGCCAUCCCGAAUCUCGACCUGCUGGAGGCACACACAAAGGAGGCUUUGACAAAGAUCGAGACACCAAAGAAGGGCAAGGCCGCAAAGAAUGUUUUAAGUGUUCCCAAUAAGGAAGCUGCCAGCAAGCAGAAUGAGGUGGAGAAGUUUGAAAUUCGAGAGCAGAAUAAAAGCAAAACAGAAGCCAAAUGGAAAUAUAAGAACAGUAAACCUGAUUCACUACUAAAAAUGGAAGAGGAACACAAAUUGGAAAAGACACCUUUAUCGGGAAAUAAAGACAAUAAAUUUACAUUCUCUUUCUCUAAUAAGAAGUUACUUGGUUCCAAGGGAGUCAAAACCCAACUGAACACUGGUGUGUUUGGGUCACUGCAGAAUUUUAAAGAUGAUAAAGCAAAACCUGUACGAGAUGAGUAUGAAUAUGUGUCAGAUGAUGGCGAACUAAAAAUCGAUGAGUUUCCGAUCAGAAGAAAGAAAAACACUACAAAAAGAGAACUGCCCUUUUUAUCGGAUAAAAAAGACACUCUGCAGCACACUCCUGUGAAGAAGCCAAAGGUGGAGUCGAUAUCAUAUAAGAGUGAUGACUCAUCCGAUGAAGAUUUGCUUCACAUUGACACAGAGGCAAAGCCAGGGCGUAAUUCCAAAGUAAAGAAAGAGAGUGGAAGUUCAGUAGGAAUUCUAGAUCUUUUGCAGGCAAGCAAGGAAGUUGGGGGUUUAGAGUAUAACACCAACAGUCAACCACCUGCCUCACCCAGCACGCAAGAAGCAAUCCAGGGGAUGCUAUCGAUGGCAAAUCUCCAGUCGUCAGACUCCUGCCUCCAGACAUCGUGGGGUACCAAUCAAGCAAAGAAUAACUCCAUCUCCACACAAAACUCCAAAAAAACAGGCAGUGGUAGCAACAGAAAUGCAGGCAAACGGUUACUAAAGAAAAGCACGAAAAACAGUGUUGACAUUGAAGAUUAUGAUGAAGAUCAGGACCACUUAGAUGCUUGUUUUAAAGAUUCAGAUUAUGUUUACCCUUCUCUCGAAUCAGAUGAAGAUAAUCCAGUAUUCAAAUCCCGAUCGAAGAAAAGGAAAAGUUCAGAUGAUGCCCCUUACAGUCCAACGGCGAGAGUCGGCCCCUCGGUGCCUAGACAAGAUAGACCAGUGCGAGAGGGCACGAGAGUCGCCUCCAUCGAAACUGGACUUGCCGCCGCUGCUGCAAAGUUGUCACAGCAGGAGGAACAAAAAGGCAAGAAGAAAAAAAAUACCAAAAAGAAGCUGUCAACCAACAACGUGAACAAACCGGCUCAGGAAGGCAGCUCUCCAGAGCCAAAGCUGGAGUCACAUGCCAGCAGCCUCACAGAUCACGAGUACACCGCAGGGGCCAGCACCUUUGGGGUCGCCCAGCCUAACAGGGGAUCGCAGCCGAUGGCGCCUGGUGUUUUCCUCACGCAGAGGCGACCUUCAUCAUCCUCACAGAACAACGCCUCCGCCAAAGAUGGGAAAACUGAAGAGGAGCUGAGUCUCUGCAGGUAUUGCACGAGUACACCAAUAGCUGCGUGAUGGAAAGGGAAGAAGAUGUGUGAGUUUGUGUUGCGCCAGGUACCUUGGAGACCAGUGGAGUUUCUUGCUGUGAGUUACGUGGUAGCUGGUGAGAGGUGGGGAAGAGAUCAGCUGUGAUACUUCCACAAGUAAUGGAGAAGACAAGUAUGCAAGGUACCCAUACUUUACUGUACUGCACAGCACAUGAGCAAGGCCUGGGCGCAUGGUAGUGUUUUCCUUUCGUGCAUGUGGGGACAGGGAACGUUCCCCUCUCCAGGUGCUUUGUAAUGCCUUGGUGCUAGCUUGACUGUGUAGGAGGGAAGUGUGUGUUUGUGUGUGUGUGUGUGUCUCUGUGUGUUUGUGUGUGUGUGUGCGUGCCUUUUCAGUGGCCUUCUGACUAGGCUGGAUACAGGUGGUCUCUAGUGCUGGUGGAAGACAGGAAAAAUGUUGCAGAGCCCAGAAUAGAAGCUAUGAUGCUGUGUGGAUUGCUCUCAGUGAGGUGGGUGAGGGACCAGGCUUCCUCUUGCCAGUGCUUGGCCUGAGAUUCACCAUGGUGUGUGUGAGCUCAGCUCCCCUGCGCUGUAGGUCCCCCUUUCAGGGUGCGGAGAAGCGUGGAGAGGUGCCCUGAGAGCCUUGGGGAGUGCGCAUGUGCAUGGUUAAAGCAGGCACUAUUUACAGGCCU